CAAGGGAGGACGGUAUGGGUGUUAAGGGCUAUAUGUUCAUGGGUCUGGAAAUGUGAGAUACAGCUUGGGGAGGUGUAUGCAUUGAUAUACUGGCCAGUGUGUUGUUCUGUGCUGUGGUUUGAUGGGGUGGUAGCAUUAGAGAGAGAGACGCUAGAUAUCUGGACAGCCUGAGAAGGUGUAUCUGCAUUUAUAUUGUGGCCAGUGUGUUGUUCUAUGUAUGCAUUUCUUAAUGUGUAUCAUGACAUUAGGACAUGGUGUAUACAGCUGGGAAUGUGGGAUAUUGGAGAAGGGAUAUUAGUAGUAGUAGUGUUGUAUGUUAAUCUGUUAUGGCAGUGUGUUGUUCUAUGCUGUAGUGUAGAUGAGGUGGUAGCAUUAGAGAGAGACUUGAUGACUGGAGAGGUGAGGAAGGCAGGGUCUGUGGUGGGCAUGGAACUGGAGACUCUCACUGCAGCAGCCCAGAGUAGAACCCUGAACAGACUACACUCCAGCCACCAUCUUCAUCAACCAGAAGAGUCUAAUCAGAUACAGACUAGUCCAUCUUCUUGAUGAGGUGGUAGCAUUAGAGAGAGACUAGAUGACUGGUGAGGUGAGGAAGGCAGGGUCUGUGGUGGGCAUGGAACUGGAGACUCUCACUACAGGGUAGAACCCUGAGCAGACUGCACUCCAUUCUGAACAAGGCCAGCCACUCCAUGCACACCACCAUCAUCAGUCUGGUCAAGGCCAGCCACUCCAUGCACACCAUCAUCAAUCAGAGGGGUCUGAUUAGCUACAGACAUAGAGGACUUGAAGUGCAUGAUCCCCCUGCCAGUCCAUCUCCUACAGGACAGGCAGGUUACAGAGGUCAUUUGUCCCCAAGGUCGUACAGUUGUUUAAUGCCACACAUCAUAGAGGACUGAAGUGCAUGACCCCCCUGCCAAUCCCCUUCUAACCUUGUGGAGGCAGCUAGACCCAAACCUCCCAAAUGCCCCAUCCAGGAUGAUCACUGCACUAAGGGACUCCCAUAGCACUGCAUAGUCUUCCCGCAGGACACAUCCAACACAAUAUUUAUACAGAAUAUAGAGUCUAUAUAACUCCAACUUUCUUUUGUUUACCACAAGGCGCCUUAUCACAUCAGAUCACCUUCUACCUCUUAAGACGUUUUGGACUUUUGGUUUUUAAAUUAUAUUUCUAUAUUGUGUAUUGUACAGUAUUACACUACCCACUAUAGCGUAUACACUAUAAUACAUGCACAGCUGUGUAACAUGUUCAAUCUAUCAUAAUGUCUGUACAAUAUGUGUAUAUAUGCAUUUGUGUGCAAUAUGUUUAAUUUGUCUUCGUAUGUAGCCCAGUUCAUACGCAUGUGUGUUUGGAGGGUUGGUGAAAAGCAUUAGUGUGGAAGUGUGUGAAAUUAGUGAUUCUUCUGUUGUUUCUAUAGGUUGUUGAAGAGCGAUGCUGCUGAACAGUCCUCUGCCUAUCUGACUUCAGUUCUACAUGAAAACCCUUUACUGCUGACACAGCUGGAUCUGAGUGGAAAGAUACCAGGAGACUCCGGAGUGAAGCAGUUCUGCGCUCUACUGGAGGACUCACACUGCAGAAUGGAGACACUCAAACUGGCAGACUGUGGCAUAACAGGAGUAGGAUAUGCUGCUCUCGCCUCAGCUCUCAAAUCAAACCCUUCACAUCUGGAGGAACUGGACCUGAGAGGAAACGACCCUGGAGACUCUGAAGUAAAGCUGCUUUUAGAAUUACAGCAGGAUCCUGCCUGUAAACUUCAGACCCUGAGGUUGUUGAAGAGCGAUGCUGCUGAACAGGCCUGUGCCUAUCUGACUUCAAUUCUACAUGAAAACCCUUUACUGCUGACAGAGCUGGAUCUGGAGGGGAAGAUACCAGGAGACUCCGGAGUGAAGCAGUUCUGCGCUCUACUGGAGGACUCACACUGCAGAAUCGAGACACUCAAGCUUAAAGGCUGCAGUAUGACAGAUGAGGGCUGUGCUUCUCUGACUUCAGCUCUGGCAACAAACCCCUCACACCUGACACGUCUGAAUCUGAGUGAUAAUAAACUUGGAGACUCGGGUGUGAAGCAGAUCUCUACUCUACUCAGGAUGCCAGACUGUAAGCUACAGACACUGGCGUAA